AUGUCGGUCAAGUGUGCGAUGUUUUCAGAGGAGAAACAGAGUUCGACGUUGACGUACACUCCUAAAUUCAACGGCAUUAUUCAUUUGAUGUUUACCGCUAUUUUCCUCGUCAAGACCGAACUGUCUGAGGCAAAGCAAGACUUGCAGCAGUUGAGUUUUCACUGGAACACGAUACCCGAGACUCGAAAUUUGUCAAAAUAUAUCUGUAAACAUUGCAAGUCGCCGUUUCCCAUCUCGUACCCCUUCAACAGGCAUAUGAACCACAAGCACAACGAGACUCUGGAUAUCAAAGCAGAUCUCACGUGCCAAUAUUGUGUCUUGCAAGGAAUGAUGAAAGAGAAUAACGACGAAAAUUAUGAUGAACUGGAUAUCAUACAACAAAUUAUGAACGAGACCACUUCUCACAUCGAUAACGAUGAAGUUCGGCAACAACACCGCUCUCUAGCGUGA